CUCUCUCUCUCCCCUCCCUCCCUCCCUCUCUCUCUCUCUCUCUCUCUCUCCCCACUAUUUAUUAACCCUAAUAUUGUGUCAUCCUCAAAAAAGUUUUAUAAAGGUUCUCAACUCAAGUUCUUUCUUUUCUCUAAGAACCCAAACAAUGGCCUCUGCAUACAACCCCAUAUACACAGACGUCCCUGAAAAGGACGUCUUUGCCCUCCACUUCCUCCAAACCCUCUCAAACCUCAGAACACAAAACUCUUUCAGUUCUCCUGACAAUAAAACAAGCGAUCGUGUGAAGAAGAUCAAGAAGGCUGCGUACGUGUCCAUGGCCAGAGCAGCCGGGGCAACUAACCGGCUGUGGAGUAGAAGCCUCUUACACCAAGCCGCUAAAAGAAACAACAAGAACGUAAGAUUCCUAAGGAGGAAGAGGAGGGUGACGUGGCUCAUGAGGAGAAGAAGUAACCGGGGAGAUCCAAUAGAGGAUGUAGCGGCGGAGAGGCUGAGAAAUCUUGUUCCGGGAGGCGGAGGAAUGGAGACUUCAAAACUGAUGGAAGAGACGGCUCAUUACAUCAAGUGCCUUAGUAUGCAGGUCAAGGUCAUGCAGUGUCUUGUUGAUGGCUUGUCUCCGAAAUGAUCAUCAUCAAUAAUCAUAAUCAUCAUCAAUGAUGCAUAUAACGAUAUACGAUACACAUAGUAUUGGAAUGGGGUGAUCGCCACAUACGUGUAAGAUAGGGUAUAUCAAUACAUGAAAUGUGUGGAUAUGUACUAGUCAAUAAGCUACAAAAGAUUUUUUUUUUUUUUUGAAUUUUGUUAAUAGGGGAUUUUAUAUUUAUCAUUCUAUGGCUGUUUAAGUUGGUAUUGCUUUUGUAUAUAAAAAAAAAACAUUAUAAACAUUAGGGUUUGGGAACUUGCAGUUGAAAUUAUAUAUUCACUACUUUCUUUUUCUUUA